AUGCCUACCGCCCGCCUGCUGCUCUCGGCGCCCGCACCCAGCGCAGCCCCUCCGCGGCCUGCGGCGGCAGGUGGCGGGGCCGGGGCGCUCUGCGGCCGCCUCGCCGUGGCGGAAGGGGCCCUUGGUUGGCGGGAGCGCUUCCGGGUCGGCGGUGCCAGGGCCAGCAGCAGCGUGGCGGCGCUCCGCGCUUUCACUUGCGAUGACUACUUCUGCUUCAACAACCUCAACCUGGACCCGCUGACGGGGACCGUAUCCUCCGCUGCCUGGCCCGAGUAUUUCAUUGCCGCCGAGGCGCCCGGCGGAGAGCUGAUGGGUUUCAGCGCGUGUGGUGCUACUGCGCUGAUGCUCUGUAUGUUCACAGUAAUGGGUAAAGCGAAAGGCUUUGUGUUUAGGGAAGAAUGGCAUGGACAUGUUACUGCUCUCUCUGUUGCACCAGGAUUUCGAUGGCUGGGUUUGGCUGCUGAAUUGAUGGAACUACUGGAAGAAAUUUCAGAAAAAAAGCGUGGAUUUUUCAUUGAUCUCUCUGUGAGAGUAUCAAAUCAGGUUGCAGUAAAUACGUAUAAGCAACUAGGCUACAAUGGGUACCAGACAGUAUUAGAGCACUGCUCUGCUAGCAGUGGAGAGCCAGAUGAAGAUGCGUAUGAUAUGAGAAAAGCUCUUUCCAGAGAUACGGAGAAGAAAUCAAUUAUACCUCUGCCUCAUCCUGUGAGACCAGAAGACAUUGAGUAACUUGUCCUGCGCCCUGCUCCUCAUUUCUGGCGGCCUCCACCUCUGCCCAGCAGCCCAUCGCUCCAGGAGCCAGCCGACUGACCAUCCUUUCCCUGCUGAACCCACAAGUGUGGCUCUGGGAACAACUGCUGAGGUGUCUUAGGGGGAGUGUUGGGGGCCCUGAGCCCUAGAGCAGACUCGCUCCCGGGACUUGUGUGUGACUGAAUAAACACUUGCCAUCUCCUUUGCC